GGGGCGUCUGCCGGGGCUCGCGUGAGGUUUGGUUUCCCCCGCUGGCCGGAAGUUGUGCUGUUUUCCCGAGUCCUCCUGUCAACAUGGCCGCGGCGAGCGGGCGGUGCUGGCUCCUCUGGGCAGCAGCUGCUGCACUUGUCUUGACUUUAGAUGCUGCUCCUGUGGAAGAGUUAGAUGACUCGUUUAAAGAAAAUCGUAAAGAUGACAUUUGGCUUGUAGUUUUCUAUGCACCUUGGUGUGGCCAUUGCAAGAAAUUGGAGCCUGUGUGGAAUGAAGUUGCUAUAGAGAUAAGAAACAGUGGGUCUCCAGUAAAAGUUGGGAAGAUGGAUGCGACUUCCUAUUCUAGCGUUGCCUCUGAAUUCGGAGUUCGAGGUUAUCCAACAAUUAAGCUCUUAAAAGGUGAUUUGGCAUACAACUAUAGAGGACCUAGAACCAAAGAUGAUAUAAUUGAAUUUGCUAACAGAGUAGCAGGGCCUCUUAUCCGGACACUUCCUAGCCAGAAAAUGUUUGAACAUGUGCACAAGAGGCAUCAUAUAUUUUUUUUGUAUGUUGGUGGGGAAUCUCCUUUAAAGGAGAAAUACAUAGAAGUUGCUUCAGAACUAAUUGUCUAUACAUACUUUUUUUCUGCCUCAGAAGAGGUGCUACCUGAGUAUGUGACACUUCCUGAAUUGCCUGCUGUUGUGGUCUUCAAGGAUGGAACUUACUUUGUAUAUGAUGGCUUGGAGGUUGGAUUUCCCCAGAAACCUGCUUCAGAAUGGAAACCAAAACCGAAACUUUACAAGUUUAAACUGCAGUUGGUUAAUCUUAUAAUUUGCUGCUGUCAGAUCAGAAAUAAAAAAUUGUUGAAACGUAUAAUUUAAGUACUAAACUGCCUUUUUUUCAAUUUGUGUUGAUAAAGCACCAGAACCCAGUAUAGACCAGAUGAAUGGCCACAUGGAAAUAUAGCAGUGAAAUAUUUUCAAAAACAACUUCUGAUUUGUAUAAAAAGAAUGUUUAGACAAAAGUGUGAAUGGUUGAAGAAAUGAAAUCCAAAAUCAGCUUUUUAAAAAAUAGACUUGUCUUUCAUGUGUCAGGUUUAUUUUUAAUUAUUUUACAAUAAAUUCUCAUUAUAGAAUUCUAGAUAGGUUAGCAACAUUAUCAGGGGUUAGAUUUUCUUCAAUUCCCUAUGCAAUUCUUUGAGUCCUCCUGCCUCACAGAAUAACAAGAUAGGAAAACAAAAUACUCCUAAAAUUCCCUCCCUAUUAGGCUAUAUUUUACCUUAAUCUAGUGUAACUAAAAUAUCACUUGUUGUAUUUAUAAAUGAUUUUUGUUCCUUGUCCCAUUUAGUUAAAAAUAGGCUCUGGUGUGCCUUUGCCACAAAGCAAAAGAAAAAAAUUUAGAAUCACAAGAACAGAAAUAAAAGCAAAGCUAAAAAGUACUAGUUACUUAAUGUCUACAAUUAAACCCAACUGUUCAAGGAGUUUCAUGCAGAUAUCUGUGCCAAACAUCAAUGCGUCUCUGCAUAGGUGCUGGGGUCCAUCUGCAUGGAGCUCUUGUCACUGUUGACGGUGUUAAUGAAUUUUACUCAAGCCAUGAUGUUUCAUGUUUCUUAAAGAAAAUACAUUGAUAUAAUAAAAACAAUUUUAAUAUAGAGGCCAGAAAGUUGUACAAUAGGACUAUCACUUCAUUUAAAUCUUACUUAUUAAUUGAUAAAUGUGCCUAAAUAAUUAAUGAUUAUGAUUUAUUUGUAUUACAUCUACACCUGUAAACCUCAGCUGAGAUCAGGGUCCCAUUGUGCUAGGUGUUAUACAAACAUUAGGAAAUAGUCCCUGCCCCAAAGAGCUCAUAAUCUAAAUAGAAGUGAUAAAGGCUGAGAGGGGAAAGUACAGCAGAAACCUAUUUAUCCAGUCUAACUGGGACCACGGCCAGAUCAGAUAAUCAAAAAUUCAGAUAAUCCGGAGAAUGGAAAAGUGCAAGGCAGCAGCUCUAUCUAGCAGCCAACACGGAGAUCGUCUGCUUCUGGACCUGUGAGCGCUGGUUUUUAGUUAAUACAGAGAGCUGGAUAACAAAGGGUUGGAUAAGUGGAGUUCUAUUAUAGUAAAGUGAAUUGUCCAGGGUCACAUAAUGGCUUAAUGUCUGGGCCAGGAAUAAAUUCAUACCUCCUGAUUCCUAAUUUAGCAUCCUGACCACUAGACCACACUACCCCCUAAAUGAAUUUGUAGUUCUGCUAUAAACCCAUUUGAGUGAGAUAGUGGGCAUAAAUGUGUCAUAUAGCCUCAUAGAUUUAUUGGGUCUUCUGGAAAAUGGGCUAAUGUUUACUUGCUAUUGUUUUAUGAAUUGAAACCUGUUUCAAUGUUUAAAACCCCUACAUUAAUACUAUUUAAGCUAAAAAAAAAAUUCCAAGUCUCAAGAGCAACUAUUUGCUAGUAAAGAAAUUACUCUUUGUGAAUAAUCUUUCCCAUGCCUUUUCUUUUUCGUUUUCCAUAAUGAAUUCAUUUUAAAAGUUUGUUAUAAAACUAUUAUGCCAUUGUUUUUUGUUUUGUUUUAUUAUCUGAACAAACAAGAAAGGAGGGAAGCAUGUUUCAGCAUGAAGAACUUUUGAGAGUUGGUACAGGAAAUGAAGGGUGCUUUGUUAACUCAAGAAUGGGCUAUUUUUAAAAUCUCAGGUUAGCUGUACCCUUCACGCCUUAGCAGAUGUUUGAUUAGUCAUAUCUGGAAGCAUUAACCUCUUACUAGUUGA